AUGCCAGAGAUGGAGAAAGGGAGACCGCCGGAAAAUAAACGCAGUAGGAAACCCGCGCACCCCGUCAAGAGAGAGAUCAACCAAGAGAUGAAGACGUUUGCAGAGAGCACCAUGAAUGAGCUCCUAGGCUGGUACGGCUAUGACAAGUUGGAGCUCAGAGACUCUGAGGCCACCGAGAUACGGAACUACCCCAACCGUGAGAGACGCCAGCAGCACGUCUCAGUUCUUAAAGAAAACUCGGUGUCCAAAUCCAAGAGCCUAGACAGCCCCGUGACACUGGUCAUGAGGAGUGGAGAGAGAGAAUCAUCCAGGGUCCCCUCUUCCUCCCCCAGUUCCUCCUCUCUGACCAGCCCUAAGGAGCAAAAGAGUGCCCCCGUAAUUGUCCCGCUUAUAAAGCCAUCGGCAGUGGAAGACGUGCAGAAUGUGCAGAUAGUGUGUGUGUGGUGUCAGAAGGAGGGGGUGAAGCGCUACUCUCUCUGUAUGGGCACCGAGCUGAAGAGCUUCUGUAGUGAGAAGUGCUUCGCCGCCUGCCGACGGGCCUACUUCAAACGCAACAAGGCCCGGGAUGAGGACCAUGGAGGGGAGAGGUCCCCCCAACACACCCAUGCAGAUGACUCACCACGACUGGUGCUGAAGAUGAACAGUGAUGUACUGCAGGUUUGCAACUGGUGCAAGCACGUCCGCCACACCAAAGAGUAUCUGGACUUUGGCGCCGGUGAGGAGCGGCUCCAGUUUUGCAGCACCAAGUGUUUGAACCAGUACAAGAUGGAUGUGUUCUACAGAGAGGCCAGGGCCACUCUCACCAGCUCCAGCCCAGGAAGACCAACCCAGGAGGGGAGACCCGAGUCCACCGGAGGGGUCCAGAACCAGAAGCUCCUGACCCCUGAAUCGUGGAGCAGCGACGCUGGGGACGUGAGGGGGAGGACCAGGUCGCCCAAAGGGCAGACGCCGAUCAAUGGUACAGCGGCACCAAGGACUGUGUCUCCAUCCGAGGCGUCAUCUUCGUCAUUGAAGGUUAACAUUUCAGGACUGAGGCACCUGGAGAGGCACGUCCUGCCACCACCCGCGCAGGUAGCGAGCCACCACCCCGCCCCCUCCCCUCCUCACCCCCCCAUGGAGCACCACAAGGCCAUGCCUCAGAUCCCGCUGCCCUUCAUCCGGCCCCCUCUCCAUGCCCAGGGCCUGAAGAGCCCCCUGGCCAACCCGCCCAGGGGCCACCCCGGCCCCCCUUCCAGCCCCAUCCACCAGCCUCCCGCUCACUCCCCCCAUCACCCCCACCAACCCCACCUCCAGCCCCCAUCGGCCACCUCCAUGAACCCACCCGGAAUACACCCCUACCCGGGGGCCUACUUCCCAGGCUUGCACUCCCCCCCUAUCAACAUGAUGGGGCUCCGUGGUCCCGUGCCCAUGCUCCCUAUGAUGAACUUCGGGGGAUGGCCGUCCUUAGGCCCCUUCUUCCCCCAGCCCACUGUCCUGGUGCCCUACCCCAUCAUUGUACCAAUCCCAGUCCCCAUCCCCAUCCCUAUCCCCAUACCCAUACCCCCUAAAUCUGCUCCUCCAGAAGCCCUAGCGGUCCCCCACAGUGGGGUUAUCCAGCCCGUGCCGGAGGGGAUAGAGGGGGGACGCUCCAGGGGUGUCAAUUUGCCUUCUACCGGGAGCUUGGCGGCCAACAGAUUGGGUAGAACCACCAACCAGGGUCUCCCCUCACCCUCAGACCACCCCAGAAGGGACAUCACAGAUUGGGUGAAGUCGGAGAGGCAGGCUCAGUCACCCAUGUCGACCUCCCACAGUGCAGCGUCCUCCCCCAGGGCUCGCUACGAUGCUUCCCCAUCUUCCACCUCAGUGAUUGAGGGGCUGUCAGACUUUAAGUUGGGCCAGCAGCAGCAGCCAGAGAGGCAGGUCAUCCAGAGAGUGCUCCAGAGGACCCCGGUCAAGCUGGAGCCCAACCCCCACGGAGUGGUGGACCUGUCGGGUCCGGGUGAGCCCGGAAUGGGGCACGGCACCAGGCUGGUGGAUACCAGAGUGGACCACCACAACCACCACCAUGACAUUAUCAAACCCACCCCUCCACUAACCCAGUCACCCCCUCCUCUGCACAACACCGCCUACCCCCAGAGCCCUAACAUACGACCCCCCUCAGACACCCCACCAACUCCCAGAGGGGAAUGCAGCAGCCCUCCCUGCGAUACCGCCACCCCCUCCCCCUCAACACCCCCAGACGUCCCCAACCAAACAACACCGUCAUCAUCCCCCGACCCUCCUCCCAGCCCAGACUCCUCCCAGUCUCAGAGAGAGGCCCGGCCUCUUGGCCCUGACUCCGCCCUCAGUGAGCUGGAGGCAGUCAAAGAGAACAGCUGCUCCAAUGGCCAGGUCCAGGAGCGGGACCAGGGCCAGGUUCCAUCCCUCCCCACCAGCCAAUCAGAGGGGCCCUCGGCCGCUGGCGACUCCGAGGAUCCCCACGUCCCAGAUGAGGACCAUGCCUAUGCCCUGCCCACCCCCAACCUUACACCCACCAGAACGGGCGGUGCCCCCACCAACACCCCCACCACUCUCCUCCUGCCCAAGCUUAGGGACAAGGGUGUUCUACUAUGCCCACCGAGUGUGGCUGGGCCUGGGGACAUGGAGCCUGCUCUGAAGAGACGGUGCCUCCGUAUCCGAGAUCAGAUCAAGUAG